GGAAACGGGGAAAUGCCCGGGAACGGGGAGGAGGAUCCUCGGGAUCGGGGCUCUGUGGGAUAAAUGUGGGAAUCCCCAGGAUCGGGGCUGUGCGGGACUCGGGGCUGGGCUGGGGGCAGUGUGGGGUCGGUGGAGAAUCCCUUGGGGUCGGACUGAGUGGGUGCGAAACGGGGGGAAUCCCCGGGGUCCGGGUUUGGGCAGAAUCAGGGGGAUCCCUGGGAUGGAGGGAGCUGGGGGAACCGGGAGCGCAGCCCCGGGACUGCGGGGGAUCCGUCCCGGGGCCGGGAUUCACCGGGCCCGGUGCCGCAGGCGAUGCGCGGGGCGCUGCGCCUGGUGCGGUUCCGGGGCGCCGCGGGCGGGGGGCCCCGGCUCGGGCUGGAGGAGGCGCCCGGGGGGGACCUGGUGGAUCUGAGCGCGGCCGAGCCCGACCUGCCCCGGUCCAUGCGGGAGUUCCUGGAGAUCGGCCCCCGCGGGCUGGAGCUCGCCCAGAGGGCGCUGCAGUCGGGGCAGCACCGCGUGUCCCGGGGGGCUGCGCGGCUGCUGGCGCCCGUGGGGGACCCCCAGAAGGUGAUCUGCGUGGGGCUCAACUACCACGACCACUGCCGCGAGCAGGCGGCCAAGGUGCCCCGGGAGCCCCUCAUCUUCAGCAAGUUCCCCAGCGCCAUCGCCGGGCCCUUCGAUGACAUCGUGCACCCCCAGGACACCAGCGAGCUGGACUGGGAGGUGGAGCUGGCUGCGGUCAUCGGGAAGAGGGGGCGGCACAUCGAGUCGGCGGCCCUGGAGCACGUGCUGGGUUACACCGUGGCCAACGACGUGAGCGCCCGGGACUGGCAGAUGCGGCGCAACGGGCGGCAGUGGCUGCUGGGCAAAACCUUCGACACCUUCUGUCCCCUGGGGCCGGCCAUUGUCACCAGGGAGGGGGUGCCAGAUGUGCACAACCUCUGGAUCCGCUGCAGCGUCAACGGGCAGCGCAUGCAGGACAGCAGCACCCAGCACCUCAUCUUCGGGGUGCCCGCCCUCGUGGCCUGGGUGUCCCGGUUUGUGACACUGGUCCCUGGGGACGUCCUGCUGACGGGGACCCCCGCGGGAGUGGGGGUCUUUCGCAAACCGCCCGUUUUCCUCAAGCCCGGUGACGAGGUGCAGUGUGAGAUUGAGGAGCUGGGCACCAUCUGCAACAGGGUGGUGUGACGGCGGAGACAAGCCCGGGACCCACCUCCCCCCCGUGGGGUCAAUAAAUCCACGAGCCUCUGC